UUCUUUGUUCCUUUUUUCUUUUUUUUUUUUUUCAUACAAAUUCUUAAUAUUCAUGAGUUUCAGGUUGACAGGUUCCCCUGAUUAUAGUUAUACUCCACAACCAGAUGGAGGAGAAAUCUCAUCACAAUUGAUUGCCUUAGUGGCAGCCAGUAUUAUGUGUAGUUUAUUCGGCAUCAAAACAUACAAUGUACAAUAUAAAUACUUAUCUUAUUCCCGCAUCUUGGUGCUUUUAUUAUAUAUCUGUUCUUGGGCAUUUACUGUCACUGGUUUGAUUUUAAUGUCUACAAAUAAUGGCAACUAUCUUUCUUGUUUACUGUCAGAAUUAUCUUGUGAUAUUUUUUACUCGGGAACAAAGAUUCUUAUGUAUUGUUGGUUGAUUGAAAAAGUAUGGGUAGUAAAUGCUGGUCGAACAACAAGAUGGCAUACUAAAUCUUAUCGACUUCAUACUCUAUUAUUAACACCAUAUAUUGUGAUUUUUGUGUUGAUGAUCUAUUUCCAUAAUGCUUGGUUAGAAGAGGAUGGAUUAUGUAUCAUUGGAUUAAAACCUAUUGCCAGUAUUCCAUUACUUGUUUACGAUUUUGUGUUCAAUUUGUAUAUGACUGUUCUUUUUGUUUUACCAUUGAUCAAGAUUGGACAUGAUACCAAUGUGGAUUGGAAACAAACACGAUUACAUGAAGUAGCGAAAAAGACGAUGAUGGCAUCCGUGGUCUGUCUUAUUGUAUCAUUUGCCAAUGUCACAGCACUCGCGGUUUUAGGAGGUACGGAGCGUGGUGUGUUGUGUUUGACGUGUUGUUUUGUUGACGUGAUGAUCAACGUGGUGACGGUGCAUUGGGUCACUUCACAACCUGCCACUGGGAAAGCUACGCGUGAUACUAUAAUGAGUUACAAUCAUCCUCAAUCAAAAGAUCAAACAUCCCAUUCGUCAGAUCAAUCUAGUCAGAAAGAAAACAUUAUCCCUACUGAUAAAAAGAAACGUUUCCGAUUUGAUCCUGUGAAUGAACAAUAUGGUGAAUUUGGUCAUCAACAAGAUAAGACGCCUCAAUAUACCAAUCAAAUGACAUCUAAUUACAAUGUAAAUCAAUACAUGUCUGCCACUGGUAACAAGAUCUAUACAUCACCAGCCAUCCACCAAUCACCACAACAAUUACCUGCUUAUCAACCCUCUUCCAUGCCCUAUCAUUUCAUGAAUGGUCGUUUUGUCAUGGUUUCUGAAAGAGAAGAUGAUGAUUUUCAAACUUCUAGUCAUUCAUCAUCUAUUCAAGAUAGUAGGCGGUCACUUACCAAAACACCUUCCAGUACUUCAUCCCAUCAUUAAAAAAAAAAAAAAAUCGAGCUCAGCCUCCAUUCCCUUUUGUAUUCAUACCAUAAUAAAAAAAAAAGUCUAUUUUUAUUAUUA